CUAUGGGAGGUGUAUGAGAGGAGGAUGAGUGUUGGUGGAGCCCCAGGCCUGCUGGUGGUAUGGGAGGUGAAUGAGUAGGGUGACAGUGUUAGUGGCGCCCCAGGCCUGGUGGUGCUACACUGGGGACGUCAUCGCCUGCAGCAGGAGCCCGCUGGCCGGCCGCGGGGGUUAUCACACACACUGCCAACUCCGCCCCGCUCCAGAUGCCUACCAACACCAACCACAUAUUUGCUUCAUGUAUAGAUUACCUAUAUGCGACGGCAUAUCACAUAGGCAGUUUAACGUCUAACUUACGCAUAGGGAGUAUGGCAUGGUUAGUUUAUGAUUAAGAGGUACCCAAUGGAGAGAGAGAGGAAUUUAGAACGAAGGAGUUAGUGUUUGUAUGAGGGAGUGAGUCACGUGGUGUAGCAGGGAUGGCCGACACCCUAAACACCCCGCCACUCUCCUCUGUCAUGGCCACCAACACACACACCCAGGAGCAGCAGCAGCAGCACGCCCUGCUUCAGCCCCCUCCACCCAGGAUGAUAUCCGAGCGGGCCCACCAGACCCUCUCCUACCCGACCUUCGCCAGCCAGUACACCAAGCACAUCCAGGAGGACCUCUACCACCCUCUGGACAACCCGCAGGGCAUCAUCAAUAUGGCUCAAGCUGUCAAUCGGCUCCUGGAGGAGGAAGUCUUGGCUCGGAUAAAUAAACCAGAUGCAUUGACCCUAACCUCACGUCACCAGUACUACUCGGACACCUCAGGCAUCACUGAGCUACGGACUGCUAUUGCAAACUUACUUACUCGCCACCAUAAGCCAAGCAAAUCUAUUAAUCCAGAUAAUUUAGUAGUGAUGAAUGGAGUAACAGCCUGUUUGGAUGCCCUCUCACAUACACUCUGUGACCCCAAUGAUGUAGUCAUUACUCCUACACCUGUCUACGGCCGCAUCUAUACCGACUUUCAUGACCGUUCAGCAGCUACUGUAGUGCCACUUGUCUGCUCUCAAGAGGACAACUUUUCUUUUGACCCACAAGAAUUAGAAAAGCUCAUACAGAAUAUAGAGGAUGAGGGUCGAUGUGUCCGUGCAUUGGUGCUGUUGAAUCCCCAUAAUCCCCUUGGUCAUAUUUACUCCAAUAGUCAGUUGAGAAGACUCCUAGAAAUAUGUGCUCAGCAUGAAGUCCAUGUGAUCAUUGAUGAAAUUUAUGCCUUUUCAAUAUUUGAUGAAGAGGAAGGCUUCAGCAGUGUACUUUGCUUCAAAUCUCUACCUGAUGCACAACGAACACAUGUUGUUUGGGGAUUUAGCAAGGAUUUCUCAGUUCCUGGGUUUCGUCUGGGUAUGAUCCACAGCUUAAAUCCAUGGGUUUUGUCGUGCCUUCGAACAUUAUCACAUUACCACUCCUGUCCACAACUUAUUCAGCAUGCUGCUGCUACUCUCAUAAAUGAUGAAGAAUGGUGUGACGAUUUUUACAUUCCUACAAGCCAACAGAGGCUCGCUGAGGCAUACCAGAAGACUCGUCAGCGUCUGGAGGCAAUGGGAGUAGUGGUGAGGCGAGCCAAGGCGGGUCUUUUUAUCUGGGCUAGCAUGCAGGCUUUCAUGCAACCUUGUACUAAAGAACAGGAGAUGGCUUUGUUUAUGGCUUUGGUAAAUGGGGGUGUCUGCAUAUUGCCUGGCCAGAAAUUGCAAUGCGUCAACCCUGGGUGGUUUAGGAUAGUGUUUGCUGUGCCAGAAGAAGAACUAGACAAAGGACUUUCAAGGAUAGAAGCUGUUUUAUCAGUAUGGAAGAAAACUAGCGAAUCGGAGUCUUCAUAGUCAUCAGGUGAACAUUGGAUUUCUUAAUUUUAAUGUAGUUGUUUAGCUUAGUCAUAUUUUUUUUAAAUUUAACAUUAUGUGUGACAAUUCAUGGUGUGGAUUUGUCACUGAUGGAACACCUUUGUUUAUGUGAUACUAUGAAAACCAUGAGAAAUUGAAUAGGAACCUCAGGAUCUGUAAGUUUCAAUGGGCUUUCUAACACAUCUAACUGUUAGUUGUUCAAACUAUAGUUACCUCGAGUUUCCAUAUAUCAAAAGCUUUAAAAGAUGUGUAGAGAGAACAUAUACUUUUUAAAUAAUGAAAGUAUUUAAUGAGUUUCCUAUUUCAUAUAUUGUCUUGUAAGUACUGUACUGUACCUAUCAAAUUGGCAUGAGAAAGUUCAAGCUGUAGCUUCCUAGUAGCUUGAACUCUUUCUUGCAAUUUUGAUGAGUACUGUACAAAUAUCUUUCAUUUAAUUGUUGCUCUUGAGUAAUGUUGUUGAGUAUUUGGAGUUAAUAUGCUAUAUCUUACUAUUUAACAUUUUUGGUUGAUAUUAUAAAUGUUUCCAGCUGAUGCUGACUUCCAUUGGGUCCAAGUAUGAACAUACAUUAUCCAAACUUGUGCUUUGUGUAGAGUCAGCUGAAUUUAUAUUUAUAAUGCAAUAGCUGCAAGAAUAGUCUAUUUGUUUGUGCUCUUGUCAUUUCUUGCUCACCCACAUAAAAUUCUUUAAUUUUUAGUGGUUUUAACACAUAAUCAAAACUGGAUCCUUAGGUGGGAGGUUUUUACAAUAACGUCCUGCUUACUACAGUAAAGAAAGGAAUGAUAUGAAUAAUUUUCUUCUGUAGCUCUUUAAUUAUAAUGUAAUUUGCCAGUAGGAUGAAUUGCCAACUGCCUGCUCAGCAUGUUCAUUGUAAAAAGAGCUGUUUAGAUGUUGAAUUAAUCUAUAUCCAUUUGAGCCCAUUUUCUUGUAUACAUGUUUUAUCAUUCAUUUUGAAGCUUUUGAGUCAAUCUGCAUGAAAUUUGUUAAUGCUGUGGAUCACACAAUUUAACAAAACAAAUUUCUCUACCAUAUAAAACAGAACGGUUUAAAUUUAAUAAGCAGUAUUCAGUGAGUGAGCAUAGUUUGAAUGAAAGGUAUUAAGUGGUGUCAGUUUUCUGGUAAAUAGUAAAAAGGCUUAUUUGUCGGUGAUGCUAUAUGGUGUUAAUGCAGAGACGUGUGAUAAAUAUUUGUAACAUCUAUGACCUUCUUUCAAUGUAUUGUUCCCCCCACCCCCCCACUUUUUAUUCUCUAGUCUGAUGCCUCCCAACCACAUGAAAGUGGGGAACAGAAUGAGUAUAAUAGUGGUAUAAUUCAUGUCCAUUUCUUAGACUAUUUAUGCACAAGCUGUACCAAAGUAUAUGAAUGUCUGAUAAAUAUUGUGUAAAACUGUUGCAUAUUAUAUUUUCACAGACCUUUUCUGAAUUAUUUAUUCACUACCUACCUGUUGACUACCUGUUUUUGUUAAUAUUAAGUUUUGUGUGUAAUCUGUUUUAAAAUAUUAAGAAAUACAUUAAAUUUAGCAAAAGCUGGAUUCAAUGUAAUAUCAGAGAGGGUCCAGUUCAAAUUAAUCCAUUCGAGUGGGAGUGGUGUGCAUACUGUGUUGAUAAAUUAUUGUUAUAUUAAAACCAAAGAAGAUUUGAUUGUUUAUAGUUUUCAGAAGUUUAUCUGAGCUUCAGAAUCAUCUCUUGAAAACAGGUAAUACUUCAGAACCUGAUUGCUAUAUGCUCACUGCCAUUUGGUAACACAUGUUACAAUCCAUCUGUGCUAAAUUUUCAUAAAUAAAAUGCACUUACUGGCCCCCCCAUCCCCUGCCUAAAGCCAGUUGCUUUCCAAAAACUAGUCACUGUUUGAUAAGUGAGAUAAAAAUGAUGCUGGUAUUAUAUCUAGUUGUUCCACAAAAAAAAUCUACAUUAAUUGAUAAAACAAUCAGUAUCAAAUAAAUACCUUUGAUUCAGUUUCAUUUUAAUGUAUUAGUGCUGAGUUAUUUUAAUGUAUUUUGCAUCCCAGUGUCACUGUUAAAAAAACAGUUACGAAGACUGGGGAGGAAAAUUUUGGGACUGGCUAGGAAGACAUACUAGUACACAUUACCUUUGUCACUGAAGAAAUCACUUUUUAUUACCUGUCAUUAUGUGAUUACUUAAAUGUCAAUGCAGUAGCAGUAUUAUAAAUGUGUCCCUAAGUUUAUCACCCAAAUAAAAUCAUCAGUGUUUCAAGAAAAGUUUUUUUUAAUUCUCAAGUACUGGUAAUAGUGAAAUUUGCUUUAUUUAUUUUUUUAAAUUAAAUAAAUAUCUAUAGUACUGUAUCAUCUUUGUAAAUUUGUAUGGAAACUUUACUGUUAAUAUUAUUCUGUUGGCCAAAUGAAUGUGUGUAUUUUUUUCGUGUGAGACUCCUGUGCAUGUCAUGGCACAGUAAAAUCAGUGGGAGAAUUCAUGUGUAAAAAUUCAGAGUAGCUAGAAAAUCACAUGGAAUUCCUAUUUAUGUAGUGGUCAUAAAUGGGUUUUGGGGGGCUUGUAUUGCAGUACUGUAUUGAAAUUAAAUUAUUAUGAUAUUUAU